AUGGAUGCUCAAGAAUUCCGCGAGGCUGCCAAAGCUGCCAUAGACGAGAUAACUCACUGGAGCGAAACUGUUGAAGACCAUCGCGUAGUCUCAAACGUCAAACCAGGCUAUCUACGUCCUCUUCUCCCCUCCGCAGCCCCCCAGGACCCAGAGCCUUGGUCUGCCAUCCACGAUGAUAUCCAGACCAAGAUCUUCCCGGGCAUCACCCACUGGGCGAGCCCUCGCUUCAUGGCCUUCUUCCCCUGCUCCAGCAGCUACCCGGCUGCCCUGGCCGAGAUGUACUCCAAUGCCUUCAACGGCGCCCACUUCAACUGGAUCUGCAGUCCUGCUGUCACUGAGCUUGAGACUGUUGUCAUGGACUGGCUUGCCCAGGCCUUGGGUCUGCCCGAGUGUUAUCUUAGCGGCGGCUCGACGCAUGGCGGCGGUGUUAUCCACGGGAGUGCCAGUGAAGCUAUCCUCACAAACAUGUGUGCUGCACGGGAGAAGUACCUCGCUGCUGUGACCGCUCACCUCCCCGACGGCACUGAUGAAAAAGAGGACGCUCUCUGGCACCACCGCAGCAAGCUCGUUGCCCUCGGCAGCGCAGGCACGCACUCAAGCACCAAGAAGGUCGCUCAGAUCCUCGGCGUACGCUUCGCCACUGUGCCCAUCUCAGAGGCCGAUAGCUUUGCUCUCAAGGGCAAGGCACUCGCUGUAACAAUCGCGAACCUGCGCUCUCGCGGCCUCGAGCCGUUUUUCCUAACUGCCACUCUCGGAACGACUGAUGUCUGCGCUGUGGACGACUUCGAGGGUAUAGUCCAGGCUCUGAAGCCAACUUUCGAGACGCCUCAGGAGGUGUGGGUGCACGUCGACGCGGCAUACGCUGGCUCAGCGCUUGUCCUCAAAGAGAAUCACCAUCUAGUCAAGGCCUUCUCAUCGUUCCACUCCUUCAGCUUCAGCCCGCACAAGUGGCUCCUGACCACCUUCGACUGCUCCGCCGUGUGGGUGCGUCGUCGGUCAUGGCUCAUCCAAGCACUCAGCAUCAAGCCCCCUUACCUACGCAACCAGUUCAGCGACGACGAGCUGGUUACCGACUACCGCGACUGGCAGCUCUCCCUAGGCAGACGUUUCCGCGCCCUCAAGCUGUGGUUCGUCAUGCGCAGCUUCGGCAUCAGCGGUCUGCAGAAGCACAUCCGCCACGGCGUAGAGCUUGGCGAGAGUCUGGAGAACAAGAUUGCGUCCCGCCGAGAUAUCCUGACUGUUUUCACACCGGCGCGCUUCGGCCUCGUCACACUACGAGUCAACGGCGCAGACGAGACGGAGAUUAACGACCGCACUGAAGCAGUCUACGAGGCCAUCAACGCAACGGGAGAGUUCUACCUCACCGGUACUGUCGUCAAUGGCAAGUUCGCUAUUCGCGUGUGUACUGGCGUGACCAAAGUUGAGGAGCAGCAUGUGCAGCGUAUCUUCGAUAUCUUGGUUGAGACAGCGGAGGCUGAGAUUGCUAGGAAGGCGUGA